AUGAUGUACCCCAAGACCGCCAUUUGUGCGGGAUUGCUCUCUCAAGCUCUCCCAGCAUAUGGUGCCGUUAUGGAAAAACUGGCCGCAGUUCCUAGCGGAUGGACUGUUGCAGAAACAGAUUCAAGUACAGCUAUCACUCUCACAGUUGGUCUUGCAAUGCAAAAUCUCGAUCAAUUAGAGGCCAAACUUAUUGCUGUUUCAACACCCGGAAAUGCGGAUUAUGGAAAUCAUCUCGAUGCUGAUGAGGCUAAUGCUUUAUUUGCUCCUUCUGCCGAUGCAAGUAAUGCUGUUACUUCAUGGUUGACGAGUGCUGGUGCCCAAAACAUUGUGAGCGAUGGAUCGACUGUUACUUUUGCGGCAACCAUUGAGAAGGCCAAUUCGAUCCUCAAUGCAACUUUCCAGACCUAUACAAGUAAUGGCGUAACAAAAGUCAGAACUACUCAAUACUCGGUUCCGGAUCAUCUUGCUGAACACAUCGAUCUCAUCUCUCCAACAACUUAUUUCGGAAAGACCGUCGCAAAUGCUCCAACUAAGGUUACAAAGAAAGAUACCUCAGCUACCAAAGUUACAGUUGAUGCUUCUUGCUCAACAUCCAUCACUCCUAAAUGUAUCAAGGAAUUGUACAAUGUUGGAGACUAUACCCCUUCAGUUUCUUCCGGUAGCAGAAUCGGAUUCGGUAGUUUCCUCAAUCAAUCAGCUCUUUAUUCUGAUCUUUUCCAAUACGAGAAAUACUUUGAUAUCCCACAACAAAACUUCUCAGUUACUCUCAUCAAUGGAGCUACCAAUGAUCAGAAUCCAGCUACUGCUCAAAACGGAGAGGCUAACCUUGAUGUUCAAAACAUUAUUGGUGUUGCUCAUCCUUUACCUGUUCAGGAAUUCAUCACUGGUGGUUCACCACCAUUCGUUCCUAAUAUUGAUGUGCCAACUGCCGCAGAUAACUCUAAUGAGCCAUAUUUGCCAUAUUAUCAAUACUUGAUGACUCAACCAAACUCCGCUAUCCCACAAGUUAUCUCAAACUCUUAUGGUGAUGAUGAAGAUACAGUUCCAUAUGCUUAUGCCGUUCGAGUCUGCAACUUAAUCGGUAUCAUGGGUCUUCGAGGUAUCUCCAUCCUCGAAUCAUCAGGAGAUACCGGUGUAGGAGCAGGAUGCGUUGCAAACGAUGGAAAAGAUACACCAUACUUCCAACCUCAAUUCCCCGGUACAUGUCCAUACAUUACAUCAGUUGGAGGAACCCAAUCAGUUUCUCCCGAAGUCGCUUGGGAUGAUGGGUCAGGAGGAUUCUCAAACUAUUUCCCAACCGCCUGGUAUCAAACCGCUGCUGUAGCUGAAUAUUUAACCGAACAUAUCACUCCAUCCACAAGGAAAUACUACGAGAGCUAUACCAAUUUCUCCGGAAGAGGAUUCCCAGAUAUUUCCGCUCACAGUUUAACUCCUGAUUACCAAGUCGUCUACUCCGGCGAACUCUCCCCCUCAGGAGGUACAUCCGCCGCCGCCCCCGUCGUAGCAGCCAUCCUCGGUCUCCUCAACGACGCCCGCUUCAAAGCAGGUAAAUCCGCCCUCGGUUUCGUCAACCCUCUCCUCUAUCUCCUCGGCACAAGCGCUCUUAACGAUAUCACUGGCGGUGGAAGCGUAGGCUGUAAUGGUGUUAAUGGACAAACGGGCGCUAAGAUUCCAAAUGGUGCGGUGAUUCCUUAUGCGACGUGGAAUGCGACGAAGGGAUGGGAUCCGGUUACUGGGUUGGGAACGCCAGAUUUUGAGAAAUUGAAGGAGUUGGUUUUGAGUUAUUAG